AUGGACAGGGAUCUGAAUGACGAUGACAGUGUGGUGGACCUUAGCUUCGAGGCCGAGAGUCCUCCGGCGCCCCCAGCCGAGCUCCUGGAGAGACUGCCCAGUUGUGACUGGCUUCUUCAAGGAGGCGGACAGCAGAUAUUCUUCCCACCUUUGGAGGCUCCCAGGAGACCCCUGGAACAAAGGUGCUGGUCCUCAUUCAUGGAACACAGCCGAGUCCCCAUGGUGACAGAGGAAGUGGCUCGGGAAGCCCUCCUCAGCUUUGUGAGCUCCAAAUGCUGCUAUGGCCGUGCAGCCGCCGGUGACCUUGUCAUCCAGGAGCUCAAGCAGCAGACCCUCUGCAGGUAUCGACUAGAGACUUUUACCGAAUCCAGAAUAAGCGAAUGGACAUUUCAACCCUUUACUAACCAGUCAGUGGAUGGGCCACAAAGAGGGACCUCCCCCAGGCUUUGGGACAUCAAGGUCCAGGUCCCCCCGAUGUUUCAGGAAGACACGAAGAAGUUUCAAGUCCCUCACUCGUCACUGGUCAAGGGAUGCCACAAAUGCCAUGGGCGUGGGCGUUACAAAUGCAGCGGCUGCCAUGGGGCCGGCAUGGUGAGGUGCCCAUCCUGCAGCGGAGCCAAGCGCAAAGCCAAGCAGUCCCGCAGGUGUCAGAUGUGCUCGGGGUCUGGCCGGCGGAGGUGCAGCACGUGCUCAGGGAGGGGCAACAAGACCUGUGCCACCUGCAAGGGGGAGAAGAAACUGUUGCACUUCAUCCAGCUGGUCAUCGUGUGGAAAAACAGCCUGUUUGAGUUCAUGUCUGAGCACCGACUGAAUUGCCCUGGGGAGCUCCUUGCUAAAGCCAAAGGAGAAAGCCUCUUUAAGGAUGAAAGCACCAUGGUGUACCCCAUUGUGGAUUUCCCACUGCGGGAGAUCUCUCUGGCCUCCCAGAGGGGCAUUGCCGAGCACAGCGCCGCCCUGGCCUCCCGGGCCCGAGUCCUGCAGCAGCGCCAGACCAUCGAGCUGAUCCCCCUCACAGAAGUGCAUUACUGGUACCAAGGACAGACUUACGUCUAUUACAUCUACGGCACAGACCACAGAGUGUAUGUGGUCGAUUACCCCGAGCGGUACUGCUGUGGUUGUACCAUUAUCUGA